CAAACGAGUGCACAACAGCGCCUCUGUACCGACAUCGUCGCGCAGGUACACAGGUCCGAGCGUUAGGUGAGGUGUACAGCCCGGAGUGAACUCUGCUGCACCUCCUCUCUCCAACAAGCCACCACACACAAAACAUGGCAGAUAAGAAGGGUUCGACGAUGCUCUCUGCAAACAAGCUUGCGAUGUCCAAGGCACUAGGUGCGGCGUUCCUCAAUCACCAGGUCGAACAGCUCGAGAAGACUGUCUCUGCGAAGGAGCACGGAGGCUGGAGAGACCGUAAAUACAAUGGGCCGCAGGCUUCGGGCAACAGGAGACCUGCGCAGGGCGCCGGAGGCGGACCGAAGGCUGCAAAGAAAGGAGGCGAGAUGAAUGGUGCGGACGAGCGGCGCAAGAGGGAGGGGACCGCUGAGGAGAAAGACGCAGACAUCGUAGUCGUCGAUGCGAGUGUCUUGGUCCACGGAAUAUCUCAAGUGAAGAAGUGGUGCAGAGAAGGAAGACCCGAGAUCGUGAUUGUCCCCCUCGAAGCUCUCAACACUCUUGAUCUCCUCAAGAAAGGUACUAGUUUACUUGCUCAGCGUGCUCGGGCAGCUUCCCGCAUCCUUGAGGCCCAGGUUGGCACGAACCCCCGCAUCCGGGUCCAGCGCGAUGACGCCUUCGUCCCCUGGGACAGCAUCCCCUUCCACGAUGGCGUACCCCCUGCGCCGUCCCCGGAGUGGGUCCGCCGCACAAUCUGCUGCGCGCGCUGGGAGGUCGAGCAUGCCACGGCCGAGAUCGGCAAACCGGACACCCAGCCGAAGGUCAUCCUCGCUGUGCUCUCCGGCGCGCCCGAGCCCUUGUCUGAUGGCGCGCCGGCAAGCGGCGCAACCUCUACUUCGCCCGUCCCGCUCCCUGCGCCGCAGCCGAACAAGCACGAGCCGCGUGCAACGGGCACGAUGAUUCUUCAGUGGGCCGCCCGCGCCGGCCUUGAUGUCUUCGAGGUCGCUCCGACACAGCUUCAGAACGGCAAGGACGGCCAUCCUGCCGGCCCACGUCGCUCUGGUGAGCAAGGCCGUCGCUCACCUGAUGAUAAUCGCAACCCGCGCGGGCGCCGCAACUCGAACCAGCAGCGGUACGACGGUCGUGGUGCGGGCAAUGGCGGUGGCGGCCUCGUCGAGCGUCCGCCCGCAGUCAUGGCGAUGAUGGAAGCCAUCUCUCAGCCCAGCCGAGUCGUCCGCGUCCUCGCACGCGGCGAAAAGCUGGACCCAAACUAGCCAGAAUAGAGCCAGUUGAUAAGCUGACCAAGUUACCGACCUGAUGGUGCAGUACGCAACUGUUUGGCCCGGCCGCAACCGAUGUUGAUCGCCAAUCGCUCCUCGCUGUGGAUGCUCAUAGGCGCAUUCUGCUGCGGUUUUGCGCACACUCGCACCCUAGACUCUCCAACAAUCCUGUUCGAUGCGGACCUGUUUUCUCAGUCGACACGCGCGAAGAUACGAUACCCUGAUACGACUUUUUUCCCAGUGGUCAUACGGCGCAAGUACGAAAACACGAAACGGAAAAGUUUGCAAGUAAGCAAGGCAGACGGUGAUCUGUCCCGGAGCCUCCCGAUGAAGCUCUGGCUCUGUUCGUUCUUCUGGUAUGUCCCGGUUGGAUCUAUGUCUAUGUCUUGAGUGCUCGCUUUAUUGGUGGACCAUUUUCUUCUCUCUUUCCCUCGGUGCGGUCUGCUCCGAUAUCCCCGCGUUCCGUCACAUGUAUGGUUGCCUAUGAUGUCUUAGCAUAUGUCUAGUAAUGUACAUAUGCCCCUGAUCUGUUCUCUUCUUGUCCGUAUGAUUUUUAACAGACGAAAUCUACUUUUAUCUCC